AUGCGGGCGGGGCUGAGCACGAUACAGCAGACGCUGACGCCGGAGGCGUCCAGCGUCAUCAACCAGUCCAUUUCGGAGGCGGCGCGGCGGCGCCAUAGCCAGACGACGCCGCUGCACGUCGCCGCCGCUCUCCUGGCAUCGCCUGCCGGUGUCUUCCGGCAGGCCUGUGUGAGCUCCCACCCGAACUCCUGCCACCCUCUCCAGUGCCGCGCCCUCGAGCUGUGCUUCUCCGUCUCCCUCGACCGGCUCCCCGCCGCCUCUGCUUCCUCCGGCGGAGCCGCCGUCGAGCAGCCCCCCAUCUCCAACGCCCUUGUGGCGGCGCUGAAGAGGGCGCAGGCUCAUCAGCGCAGAGGUUGCCCGGAGCAGCAGCAGCAGCCGCUGCUGGCCGUCAAGGUGGAGCUGGAGCAGCUCAUCGUCUCCAUCCUCGACGACCCCAGCGUGAGCCGCGUCAUGCGCGAGGCCAGCUUCUCCAGCCCCGCCGUCAAGACCAUGAUCCAACAGUCCCUCGUCCUCUCCGCUCAUUUCCCUGUCGCCGCCGCCUCUACAAGUUUCCAACCUGCCGGCGAUGCCAUCGCUGGUGGACUUCUCUUCAGUCUCAGCCCCUCCACGGCGAACACCGGAUCUCUGCUCCUUCCCCCCGCGAGCCAGAACCCCUACCUAAACCCAAGGUUGCCGCAGAAGCAGGGGAGCAACGGCAACGUCGUGGAGAGGAUCCUGCAAGUACUGCGGAAAAGGAAGAAGCGGAACCCGAUCCUCGUCGGCGACCGGCAUCCGGCGGAGCUGCUGGAUGAGAUAUUGCAGAGAAUAGAGAUGAGGGAAACCGGCGAUGUCGCGGUGAUCACCCUGGAGAAUUACUUGGCCUCCGAUGGGUCACAGACUCCCCUGAAACUGGACGAACUGGGCAACUCGAUCGUCGCAAUUCUCAGGGACCGCUCCGGCGGGGUCGCCGGUGACGGCGUGGUUCUCAACCUGGGUGACCUCCGGUGGCUCGUCGAGAGCCCCGGCUGCGGGAUCGGAGACUCGACGGGCUCCAGCCUUGUCCCCCACCGGCAGAAGAUUGUCCUGCAGAGCGGUCGGGAGGUGGUGGCGGAGAUGGCGAAGCUUCUCCGGCACUUCGCAGAGGACUCCGGCGGUAAGGUCUGGCUCAUUGGCACGGCAUCCUGCGCCACCUACCUGAGGUGCCAGGUCUACCACCCUUCCAUGGAGAAGGACUGGGAUCUGCAGGCCCUCCCCAUUGCCGCCGGCGAGACCGGGGAGUUCUAUGCGGAAUCGAAGCCCGAGCCACGAGACCAUCUUCCCCCCUGGCUGCGGGUCGCAAGCCUCAGCCAUGGGAGCCCUCAGGUGAUGACGAGCACAGAGCAAACGAUUUCAGAAACACCUCCCUCCCCUCUUCUUGACGUUUUAGUUUCAUCUGCUGUUGCAGACGAAGGAGAAGGAGAACACAGAAGAGGUACUCAAGAGAUGGACUGAGACUUGCCGCCACCUCCAUCCCAGUCUCCACGAGGUAGACGAUGACCUCGACAAGCAGGCAACGCCGCCGCACUACUCGUCGGGCUUGCCGUUCCGACAGGUUCCUCCGACGAAGCUGCCGCCCGUGAGAAGCCCAGUGAGGACGGACCUCGUUCUGGGUCUCCCACCGGCGGGUUCCCGCAGAGAGCUGGACAUGUUCUCCGGCCACCAAGGUUACCAAGUUUUGGGCAGCUUGGGCCCCGAUUCCCUCAAAAGGAUCUUCAAGGGCCUUUCCGUGAAGGUAACCUGGCAGCGCGAGGCGGCCUCGCUGGUCGCCGCCGCCGUGGUACAGUGCAAGUCCGACGGAGGGAAGAGGCGGAGAGACGUAUGGCUGCUCUUCCUGGGACAUGACAGGAUGGGGAAGAAGAAGAUGGCCGAGGCGCUCGCCGAGCUGGUCACCGGCGCCGCCCCCAUUUUCGUCCCCCUGGGCGGCCACUCGCCGGAGGAACGCGGCGGAGUGGACUUACGCGGGAAGACGGCGUUGGACGGUGUCGCCCAGGCCGUUCGCCGGAAUCCAUCCUCUGUGAUUGUGCUCGAGGAUAUCGACCGCGCCGAUCUACUGAUCCAGAAGUACCUCAAGCAGGCCAUGGAGAGGGGCCGCCUGCUCGACUCCCACGGCCGGGAAGUCCCUCUGGGCGACGCUAUCUUCAUCCUCAUCUCUCACUCCUCGCCGGAGCAUCUCAAGUCGUCGGAGGACGAGGAGAAGCUGCGGGCAGCUGCGAGUUCCGGGUGGCAGCUGGAGAUCAUCGUGGGAGAGGACGCCGCUGCGAAGCGCCGUGCCGAGUGGCCGUGCGACGAGGGAAAGCUGCCGGUGAAGGCGAGGAAGCAAUCGUUGGACUUGAACUUGGUGGCCGACGCCGACGAGGACGCCUCCCCGGAGGGAUCCCCUCGUUCCAGUGAUCUCACCGACGACCAGACCGAUUACGGAAGGCUCGCGAUGAAUGACGACGGUUUUCCCAGGUCAACGAUCUCAGCGAUGAAUGAUUACGGAUCUCACCUCGUUAACGCCGUCGACGGAGCCGUGGUGUUCAAGCCUGUUGACUUCGGUGACCUACGGAGGAAGGUCUCGGAAGCGAUCGCGGGUGAGUUCUCCGCCGUCUUCCGCGGCGGGCGGGCGGCGCUGUGGAUCGACGAGGAAGCGCUGGACCGGGUGGUGGCCGGCGUCUGGUUUGGGACGGCGGAGUUCGAGGAGUGGGUUUUAAAGAUCCUGGCUCCCGCUUUCCGGGAACUGAGGGCUUGCUCGGCGCUGGGCGGCGCCGCUGUCGUCAGGCUCCUCCCGGUCAAGGACCGCUGCCGCCGUGGUGCCCGGGAGUGCUUGCCGAGUUUGGUCCGGGUUUCGAUGGCCUGA